AUAGAAAUAACUAGGUAUUUAAAAGGAUACUCGUCUGAGGGCAGGACUAUGGGAGGCUGCCCUGUACGGAAAAGAAGAAGAAAUGGCAGUAAAGAGGGCAACCAUCAUUCCACCCAGCCCAAAAGGAAUAAGAGAAACCCUAUCUUUCAGGAUUCUCAAGACACAGUUUUCAUGGAGUGAUAAUGAAAGGAGCAGCAGCCGCCUUAAUAUCCCAGAGACAGCAGGUGGACCAGAAGGCAACUUAAACCACAUUGUUACUGAACCCAAU